AUGAUUGCCGUUUCAGUUACACGAAACGUUCAACUCAAUGCAUCGGCGUAUGUGUGUACAAUCUUGCAACAAAGACCAUCAAACGCUUCCCCAAUCUCUCCUCCAACUUCAAACUCAGGGAUGCCAUGUGGUUUCUCCCCUCUUCUUUUUGGAGAUUGUGGAUGGGAAAUUCCAUUGGAAUUCUUUGAUUGGUUUAGGACAACUAUUCUGAAGAAAUCAGUGACUCAAGUGUUUACCCCUUUCCCCAUCGGUUUGAUGGCUUUGUAUAAAUGUGAUAAUCAGCAGUUCAACUUGCGAGCUAUUGUUCAAAGUGUUCUAGAUGAAGCAGAGGAAUGA